CUCAGAACUCGGUUUAUUCCUUGUUCAUUCCAUUCUUUCUCUUACACUCCCUCCAUCGCUCUCAGCUUUCUGUGUAGCGUCUCACUCUCUUUUCCACCUUACCCACUCUUUAUAAUCCCUUACGUUCUUUUUCACGACCGUCACCAUGCUCUCCAAGAUGCAGCUCGCCCAGCUGGCCGCUUUCGCCAUGACCCUGGCCACCUCCGAGGCCGCCUACCAGGGUUUCAACUACGGCAACAAGUUCUCCGAUGAGAGCUCCAAGUUCCAGGCCGACUUCGAGGCCGAGUUCAAGGCCGCCAAGAACCUCAAGACCACCUCCGGCUUCACCUCCGCCCGUCUCUACACCAUGAUCCAAGCCUACUCCACCAGCGAUGUCAUCGAGGCCAUCCCCGCCGCCAUUGCCCAGGAUACUUCCCUUCUGCUCGGUCUCUGGGCCUCCGGUGGUGGCAUGGACAACGAAAUCACCGCCCUGAAGACCGCCAUCUCCCAGUACGGUGAGGAGCUCGGCAAGCUCGUCGUCGGUAUCUCCGUCGGCAGUGAGGAUCUCUACCGCAACUCCGUCGAGGGUGUCGAGGCCGAUGCCGGUGUCGGUGUCAACCCCGACGAGCUUGUCGCCUACAUCAAGGAGGUCCGCUCCGUCAUCUCCGGUACCGCCCUCGCCGACGUCUCCAUCGGUCACGUCGACACCUGGGACUCCUGGACCAACAGCUCCAACUCUGCCGUCGUCGAGGCCGUCGACUGGCUGGGCUUUGACGGCUACCCCUUCUUCCAGAGCAGCAUGGCCAACUCCAUCGACAACGCCAAGUCCCUCUUCGAGGAGUCCGUCGAGAAGACCAAGGCUGUCGCCGGUGACAAGGAGGUCUGGAUCACUGAGACUGGUUGGCCCGUCAGCGGUGACUCCGAGGGUGAUGCUGUCGCCAACAUCGCCAAUGCUAAGAAGUUCUGGGACGAGGUCGGCUGCCCUCUCUUCGGUAACGUCAACACCUGGUGGUACAUCCUGCAGGAUGCCUCCCCCACCACCCCCAACCCCAGCUUCGGUAUCGUCGGCAGCGAGCUCUCCACCACCCCCCUGUUCGACCUGUCCUGCAAGAACUCCACCACUUCCUCCUCGUCCGCCGUUGUCUCUGCUGCUGCCUCUUCCGCCGCCGGUAGCAAGGCUGUCGGUUCCUCCUCCGGUGCUCAGGCCUCUGCUACCCCCAGCUUCACUGUUGGCCGCCCCGGCGUGAACGGCACUGUCUUCGGUAACGGCACCUACCCCCUCCGCCCCAGCGGUUCCGCCUCUGCUCGUCCCUCUGCCGGUGCCAUCUCCAGCGGCUCUGGCUCCGGCUCCAGCGGUUCGGGCAGCUCUGGUAGCACCGGCACCUCGGCCACCUCCGGCCAGUCCUCCACCUCCGGCUCUGCGGCCGCUGGCUCUUCCUCCCCCGCUGCCUUCAGCGGUGCCAGCACCCUCUCCGGCUCCGUCUUCGGUGCCGUUGUGGCCGUCUUCAUGACCCUGGCUGCUUUGUAAGGAAAUGAACGGAUGACACGGGUUUCCCUCCCCGCCACCCUCGUCUCUUGGUGAUAGGAGUUCUCUCGUUUUUGGGUAGCCCCGAUUUUGUGUUCCGGUGUUCUUUUCGGUCGACCUUCACUUCUUGAUACAUAUUUUUUCCAUCAAAACUAUUUUUUGCUUGCCAUGGUUGGCCCGGAUGAUAGACAAAUGUUAAUUUAGACUUGAGCUCUUUCCAUCCAGCUGCAUGAUCAAGCGCAUUGCAAUCGACCGAAUUGUGGGUUUGUAGAUAUAUUUUAUAACAGGUUACCAG